AUGCCUCGAUCGCCGUCCACUUCUCUGCCGCCGUACCUGACUUCAGGUGCAUCGUCAAGAACGCAUCAUGGUCUCUUGGUGAAACUGCAUGAGGCCGCUUCAGCCCAAGAGGAAGACGAACUUAUUUCGAAUGAAAUCACAAAAGCCAAGGCAGUCCUGAGUUCAAAAGGUCAAAGUACUAGUAAGAUAUCCGAUACACUUAUCGUUCUUCUUCAUUGUCAAAUACUUCGACAUCGUGUAGAAGACAAUGUCGAGUUUGCUCUUGUCUCUGCUCUUCAAUUGGCAGAAGGCGGACGCUCACUCUCCGAAAGGAGGAUAGGAUAUUUGUAUCUGGUAGAAAGCUUACCGAAAGGACAUGAAUUGAAUUUAUUGUUAAUCAACACCAUUCGAAAGGACCUCUCAUCUAGUACAACGUCACAUAUCCUACUUGCUUUACAAACUAUAAUCAAAAUUCCUUCUACUGAUUUGGGUCCAGCUGUUAUCCCACUAUUGACUUCAAAACAUUUGUGGCGACAUAAAUUACCCGUUAUCAGGCAAAGGACCUUUCAAGCUCUGUUGUCCUUGCACCGUAUCUUAUUGAAUGAGCCUUUCCCUCUGAGCAUAAAUAAGCUUCUCAAAGCGAUAUCAAGCGAGAGUGAUAUCUCUGUCUUGAAUAUCCUAUUCAGAACAUCACGGCAUGUCCUUGAGACCGGUGCUCACCACAUUGCGAAUAAAGAAGAAAGGCUAUAUGUACUUGAAAAAAUACUUGAUGCUGCAAGGCAGAACAACCUGUCUCACGGCAGUCAAAUAUCGCUGGAAAUACUGAAGCUCCUGAAAGUGAUUAUGGGAGUCAAGGAAGGGAGUUCAAGUGAGGUGAUCGACGCAGCACAAGGAUGGAUCACCGACCAACUAAAUAAUCUAUCGUCUUAUCGCGGCUUGAAUGGAGCUUUUCUCAUGGAAAUAUGCCAUUUGGCUAAUAUUGUAUCUUCGAUCUCAUCUCACAUCCUGAGACAUAUUUCCCAUCUGCUUCUUCCUGAUCUAAAUUCUCCCUCAUCUUCCACCUCAAUACGAACUCUUCCACCAGCAAAUGAUCACGCGCUUGCUCUAAGAUGUCUACAAGUUAUACCUACGAGCCUUUGGGAUGGCAUCUUAGGCGAAAGGGAAAUGGCCAUAAUAAUGGAAGGAGUGGAUAGUAUAGACGGUACAAUUCGUAAACUUACUAUACGACUCUUAUAUAAUCUGGACUUGAAUCUCCCUUCUAUGGUAUUUCAGAAACAUAUUGAAUCAAUCAAAACCUCUACUGAACUAUCGUUACCACUUUAUCUGUCAACGAGUCUGAGUAUAGAAGAUAAAACCACUAUCGGAAGGUAUGAGACAGCUUCUAGGGCUCUGGAAGUGGUGGAGAUUACAUGUAGGGAAGAUGGAAGAGAAUAUGCUAAGGGGUUAUUAGAGGUGCUAGACGUCUUGAACGUGAGAACUAGUGGGGUAUGGGAUGAAGGUGUAAGGUGCCAAUUGGACAAUUUUAGUCACCUGCCGCAAGCGACAACCGAACGGAUCGUGGCCUCUUUUGUAAACUCGAUUCUGACUAAAGGUGAUAGAAAACCAGGAGAUACAACGCUCGUCAUUUUGACAUCGACUAUUUGCGAAUUCCUUCCUCCCUCCUACAACAACAUCCUAAGAACGAUCAGAUAUUUGAGUAGUAUCUUACCUGGACUGAAUGGAUCUAUUCAAGAGUUAGUGCUGGUCACUUUGGUAUCACUUCUAUCUAUAUCACAGGAAUCCGAGCAGGAAAGUUGUCAAGAGUCAGUUCUUGAGACUGUUCGGACAGUGCAAAGAGAUUCGUCAAGGUAUAUUCAGAGACGGUGUACGGAAAUAAUCACUAUCUUGGAGAAGCGUUUGGUAAACGAGGUAACGAAAAUAUCGAGAUCAAGAAAGCUCGCCGAUGUACUUGAAGCCAUUAGUCUAGUCCAUACUCGGUACUCCAAGAUAUCUACCACCAGUCAAACAUCGUCCCCUACACCAGCGCCUCCCCCUCGAGCGGAUUUGUCGGCAAGUCAGUUACGUUAUGACGCAUAUCAAUCGCCAAGGGGGAGAGCAGGAGUGAAUAAUCGAUAUCGAGAUCAUUUCGAUGAAGACAGUGAAUAG